AUGGGAAAACAAGAUUAUUAUCGACAACAAUCAUUUAAUGAUGUAUUAGAUAGUGAACAGCAAAAUGAUGAUGAUGAUGAUUAUUUGAAGACAUUUGAGACAUUAUUAUUCGAAGAAUUAUUAUGGCCUAUAAGGAAGUUUAAUUUCACUAAUAUUAUCAAUAAUAACUUAUUAUAUGAUGACGCAAAGCAUUAUGGUCUUAUAGAAAGUAAUUCACUCAAAUGGUUAUAUACAGCUGAUAGAAAAAUGAUUAAUAAUGUAAGAAUCUAUUCAUUUCGGUUUGCUAAUUCAUGCAAUCCUGAUUACUAUGAGUCAUUUAUUAUAACAAAUCAUCCGUUUUUUGCACCAACAAAACAACCUCGUCAUGGAUUAGAAGGAUGGUACAAAUAUACAGGAAAAGAAUUACCAAAAACGAUUGAAAAUUAUUUACGUGUAGAAAAAAUUAUGAACGAACAAGUAUCACAUAAAACGAAGAUCUUUGUGAAUAAUCAAUAUGAACGAUUGGAUAUUGAAUUUUAUUUUCAACAUUAUUAUCCGAAACGAUUAACAAUUACAUUUGAAUCUGGUUAUCCUGCUACUCCUUAA